UGGUUCUCUUGAAAAACAAGCGCCGACAGACGACCUCUCGUCAUUUUGGUCCGACGCUUGAGAGCAGGACGGUGAGCUCUGCGGAUUUCUCUCUACUUUCUGACUGACAAACUGGAUUAUUCCUUUUUAUUACUCAAGCCAGGUUCAGCUGGAGGGAACUUCUUUCUAAAUUACAAGUAGAUUUACACUCACACUUCAAACCGUCCAGACACACGUGCUCCUCUCAGGAUGAUGGUACGCCCUCCUCUGCGCCCCUCACUCCCUCACCUCCUGCCGCUGAGGGUGAUGGGCACCGCGGCCCCCCGGACGCUGGCUGCCAGGCAGCACGACCCGCCCUCGGCCGCUCUGGCCUUCCAGGAUCCCAGCGCCUUCAAGGUGAAGAGUUGGGGGGAGCUGCUGCGUGCUCUGGGGGUCUUCCGCCUCUGCUCCAUCCCAGUGCUGGUGAACAACUGUGGGAAGCUUAUGUCCUUAGCACGCACCAUCCUGGGGACAAGGGGCUUUUCCUUGCUGCUGCGACCUACCGUGUACGCUCAGUUUGUGGCCGGAGAGAGUGAGACAGAGAUCUCUCAAUCCAUGGAGAAGAUGAAGCUGCUGGGACUGAGGCCCAUGCUGGCCGUGCCCAUCGAGGAGGAUCUUGGAGAAAGCACUGGGGAGAAGAGAUAUGACGACAACAUGGAGGCCAUGCUGGAAUGUGUGAGGAUGUCACACGGCAACACCUGGAGCCAAGACCCAAUGAUGCAGCUGAAGAUGACAGCUCUGCUCAGCCCGGAUCUGUGUGUGAAACUCACAACCCUCAUCGCACAACAACCGUAUGACCUGAGUCUGGUUGUGAGGGCCAUGGAUGGAGAGCCAAUCAGCUUCCCUGGAUUGGAUGAAAGUGAAGUCGCCCACUUCCUGUGUGGUCUUCGGAGACUCAACAAAAUAGCAGAGGAGAGUGUCAACAAAGUCCGAGUCCUGGUGGACGCUGAGUACACCUACAUGAACCCCGCCCUCUCUCUUGUCACCAUGGCGAUGAUGAAGAAGUUUAACAAAGACAGCGCAUGGAUUUGGAACACAUAUCAGUGUUAUCUAAAGGAGUCCAGGUCCCUCCUGUUAGAAGCUCUGUCUCUGUCCCAGAGCGAGGGUUUCUGUCUGGGGGUCAAGCUGGUGAGAGGAGCCUACAUGGACAAGGAGAGGAAACUGGCAGAGAAAGAAGGUCGACAUGACCCAGUCCAUCAGUGCUGGGAGGACACCAACGACAGUUAUAAUGGCUCGCUGGAUGUCAUGCUGAAAGCCAUAUCCCAGAAACCUGAGCGCCACAGGAUCAUCGUCGCCACCCACAACGAGGAGUCCGUGAGACGAGCCGCCCAACGGAUGGAAGAGUUGGAGAUAAACAAAGGUGGAGGUUCGGUGUGUUUCGGCCAGCUGCUGGGAAUGUGUGACCACGUCUCCCUCACACUCGCUAAGGAGGGUUAUGCCAUAUACAAGUCAGUGCCAUACGGCUCAGUGGACGACACACUGCCCUACCUGGUGCGUCGGGCUCAGGAGAAUCAAACUGUGUUGCAGGGAAUCCGCAAAGAGAGGGACCUACUGAGGCAAGAGCUGUGGAGGAGGCUGAGUCAGAGCCAUGUUAAAUAGGUGUGAAAGUUGUGAGGGGAAGGCUAUUGUAGAUCUGAUCUAAAUUACAAAGCAUUCACUCAUUCUUUGGCAGCCCAACAGUAAAUGGGAUUUAAUUGUCAAUUUAUUAAGAAAGACAAAUAACCUAAACUGCUUUGACAGUGUUGGUUGGUGAAAGGGUUGGUGUGGACUUUUAUUUUAAAAUAUAAUAAUGGGUUUCAACUGGUUGUCAGAGGAUUAAACCUCUGAGCUAAUUAGUAACCAGAGAACACGACGGUGGUGAGACAGUGACAGAGUCUCGCUGGCUCUGGCUCAUCUGACUUAGGAGACAUUUUUUUGAAAUGGUGAUAUUUAACAAGGCGAAAUGUGAAACAAUGAACACUGGAAGGUCGGGCUAGAUAUAUACUGCACAAGUUACAGGGAUUCAAAGUAUUUUAGCUUUUUUAACUGAUGAUGAAUCAACGUCUGAUGCAGAUAAAAAAAAGUUGAGACACUUAGUUAAAGUCUGAUGAAUAAAAUGUUGACUAACACUCAUGGGAAAUAUUUCAGUGUCAUCUGUUUGUUAGAAGCUGUUUUAAAAGCUGAGUGAACACAUGAAAAGUCUGGAACAGUCUAACAAUUCAACUGAUGAAUAAAAACAUCUAUUUGUCA